AUGCAAAACCAAGGAACAUCUUCUACCUCAAGUACGUCUACCAGUAGUACAACAAGCGUCACAACAACAUCAACAACAACGACAAGCAGUGCUACAACAACGACAGUUAAUGGAACAACACUUUCUACCACAUCCAUAUUAUGUAAUUUAAAUAUUCAAAUAAUUGAUUAUACAACUUCAACCACGAGUACAUCGAGCAGUACUUCUACUUCAACCACGUCGGUAACCAGUAGCACGAGUACAACGACAUCGGCGACAACUACGUCGACAACCAGUAGCACGAGUACAACGACAUCGGCGACAACUACGUCGACAACCAGUAGCACGAGUACAACGACAUCGGCGACAACUACGUCGAGAACUAGUAGCACGAGUACAACGACAUCGACGACAGUAACAACAUCGACGACAACUGCUGUCAAUUCGUGUACUUUUCGUUGGAAUACAACUGGUAUCACUGUAGCUGGUGUUACGAGUACGUCGGGCGCUGCAGCCAACCUGUUAAACUUUCCGUACGACGUAUUUAUUGAUUCACAAAAUGUCAUGUAUAUUGCUGAUUCAAGUAACAAUCGAAUUCAGCGUUGGUUACUUAAUGUUACGAGCGGCAAUGGUACGACCGUGGCUGGUAGUAGCGCGGGAACAAGUGGUACAACGUCAUCAUUAUUAACAAAUCCACGUUUCUUGUACGUUGAUUCAAAUCAAAAUAUUUACAUAGCAGACACGAAUAAUCAUCGAAUACAGUAUUAUUCAUCUGGCUCUCUCAAUGGGACCACGAUAUGUGGUGCCACUAGCCUUUCUUCGACGGCUUAUAAUCGCUUAAAUACCCCAUAUGGGGUCUAUGUAACUAGUGAUGGAAGUGUUUUCAUUUCUGACACUGGAAAUUUCCGAGUAAUGAAAUGGGCAGCAAAUGCAACAAACGGUACACUUAGUGCCCGUUCAUAA